AUGGCUACUGCUACGCCUACUGCUGCUAGUCUCACCCAGAUCCGUGUGCAUAUUCCUGUCAUCCUUAACAUGAGUAAGAUGAACUACGACGGCUGGCGUAUCCUCUUUGAAACCCACUGUCGUAGCUUCUCCGUAACCGGUCAUCUGGACGGAACUUCUCUACCCACCGAUGAUGCUGACACCAAUUGGCAACAACUCGAUAACACUGUCAAGAUGUGGAUCUACGGCACUAUCUCUGAAUCUCUCCUCAACUCUGUUUUGAAGGCUCAAUGCUCUGCUCGUGAACUUUGGCAAACCCUCGAAAAUCUUUUCCGAGACAACAAAGAGGCACGUGCGAUUCAGCUCGAAAAUGAGCUCCGUAAUCUCACGAUUGGUGAUCUUCCGGUGCACGAUUACUGUCAAAAGCUGAAGAAGAUCUCGGAUACGCUCGCCAAUGUUGACUCUCCGGUGACGGAGCGUGUGCUGGUUAUACAUCUUCUAAACGGUCUAAGUUCAAAGUUUGAUAACAUAAUCAACGUUAUCAAACAUCGCACUCCACCGUCUCCUUGUUGCAACCACUCUCAACGAGAGCAACAAUCAGACUUCGACAAUCAACGCAACUACAAUAACAACUACAGAGGCAAUCGUAACCAUCGAGGCAAUCGUGGUCGUCAAGGCAGAGGACGUAACAACUACAAUCAGAACUGGAACCCUCGGCAAUCAUGGUCUUGGCCACAACAACAGCAGAAUUGGCCACAACAGCAGCCACACUACAAUCGGAAUUGGCCGAUGCAGCCUCAAUUCCCACCUCCAUACAAUCGACCACCAUAUCCACAUCAACAAUACACUCCACCUCCAGCGGCGGGACUUCUCGGGCCGUCUCCUCAACGCCAAAAUACGGCGUACGUUGCUCAGACUGUGCAACCUUCACAAUCUGAAGCCAUCCCCACUGCUCUUGCCUCUGCAUUCAAUAGCAUGACUUACCAAGAUCCUGCUGAUCAUGGAUGGUACAUGGAUACCGGUGCCACGGCUCACCUUACCUCUCAACCAGGUGCACUCUCUCUUACCCAAAACUCUUCUUCUUCUUCUCUUCCUAUUGUCACAGUUGGUAAUGGCUCAUCUCUUCCUGAAAAGGUUUCACCUCGUUCCCCACUUCCUCUCGUCCUUUAUAUCUCCAAAAUGUUUUACUAUGCCCUGGAAUUUUAA